GAAGGAGACGCCAUUAGACGAGGAGGGCGGCUUGUUUACUGUGACCGCUCGACCGGCUGAGCCGCCGACUUUCCCCCUCGCCCCCUCCCCUCUCUCGCCGCCACACCCCUGCCCGGUCACAUGUAAUUGGACUCGAAGCUUGCUCGGCUUCACUUUCCUCCUGAUCAUGGCGAGUGGCAGUGCCGGGGGCGGCAAAACCUACUCGUUCAAAGUUGUCCUGCUCGGAGAAGGCUGCGUGGGGAAGACAUCCCUGGUGCUGAGAUACUGUGAGAACAAAUUCAACGACAAGCACAUUACUACGCUCCAGGCAUCAUUCUUGACCAAAAAACUGAACAUUGGAGGCAAAAGAGUAAAUAUUGCAAUUUGGGACACAGCAGGCCAGGAGAGGUUCCAUGCUUUGGGUCCGAUUUAUUACAGAGAUUCCAAUGGAGCCAUAUUAGUGUAUGAUAUCACCGAUGAAGACUCGUUUCAAAAGGUGAAAAGUUGGGUGAAAGAAUUGCGGAAAAUGUUGGGAAAUGACAUUUCUUUAUGUAUUGUAGGUAAUAAAUUAGAUCUUGAAAAGGAUCGACAUGUCGCUGUUGAAGAAGCAGAGAUGUAUGCAGAAUCUGUUGGAGCAAAACACUUUCAUACAUCAGCGAAGCUCAACAAAGGAAUUGAAGAACUAUUCCUUGAUCUUUGUAAAAGAAUGAUAGAAACGGCUCAAGCAGAUGAGAAGGCAAAAGGAAAUGGCAAUGGUCAAUCUGCAGGCACACGGCGGGGUGUACAAAUAGUUGACGAUGAACCACAACAACAGAGUAGUGGUGGAUGCUGUUCCUAACUGACCAAAACUGUUGAGCUUUGUUUUUGAAAUGAAGACUGCCAUGUACCACUUCACAUUUAUCAGCAGAAUGUUAAAUGUUUUAAAAUAACUCAUCUUUAAAGGACUAAAAGUGCUAAACAAGUGGAAUGUGUGACUGGAAGAUUUGGUUUUUGCCUGUUUUACACUUGUGUGGACAGAAACGAUCAACGGCCUUUGUCAUUAAAUUUAUUUCAAAUUGUUUUUUUAAUGAAAAGCUGUAUAAUUUGCAUGAAGCGUCAUAGUAUGUAGAAGCUCCAAUUAUAUUGUCCUUUUAAAAUCAGAUCUUUAUUAUUUAAUAACUUAUGUAUGUGUUGAACAGUAUACAUUUGGCUAAUUUGAACACAAUGUGCAGUCAGAUUUCUGUUUGAGUAGCGUAUUGCACAACAUCCUUCACAUUGUGUUAAUCCUUAAUAUGGUGAAAAUAUGCAUAGCGAAUUUCAUAUUGAAUAUUUUAUCCAGUAUACAAAACUUGUAUAUGUAAGUUUGUUUAUUCUGAAAACCUCAAUGGAAAGGACUGAUAUAUGUUUAAAUAAUGGUCCAGAUUUUAUCCUAGCACACUUGGAUGUUAAUUUUUUGCAUGGUCAGUUGAUGGAAAUGAGUUAUGUACAGUGAGAAGAAAUUUGGCACCUGGGACCUGAAUGAAGCAGGCAAGCAACAGAUCAGAGGAUUGCUAAAUGAACAAAAAUGGCAGAGAAAGGUGUAAAUUAGAAUGGAAUAAAUUCAUCGCUGUUCUGAAUUUAAGAAAGAAAGAAAAAGGAAAGCUUCUAAAUGGAGAAUAAUAACUGUUACAUUUUGUAAAAAAAACCUGCAACAAUUGCAAAAAGAAUGAUGUUACAGUUUUGAAGUAUACUUUUGGAGAAGGUUAUAAUUGGUGUUGAUUGGGAUCAAGAACCCAAGUAUGUCCAACUUAAUCUAAAAAUCAUUGACCAAUUGUUCUAAAAAUGGUAUAGCCAUCCCCUGAAGCCCUAGAAUAGAAAUGAUCUAAGAUCUUAUUACAUCUUAAAAUUCCUGUGCUGUUUCGCUGAAAAGCACCUGGGAAAAUGCUAGCCUGCUUCUUUUCUGCAACUCAUCUCUAUGCCUGGCCUUGCAGGAGUCAUGCCUUUAGUCACAGAAUACAUGGAUCUAAGUAGGAGUGAGGUGAUUUUACCCAUGGUUUGAACCAUGUAUAUCCUUAAAUCCAACUGUGGGAUUUUCACCCCAAUUCCCUGGUGAUCCGGCCAGGAGCACGCUUCAAAGUCAACAUUGUGUCGGUAACUUGGUGAGAUUCACAUUUGCCUUCUGCUAAAACUAUCCCUGACAACAGCAUCACAAUAACGUGUAGAUAAUUAAGAUAUCUCAUAAUUAGAUAAUCAAGGCAGUGCCCACAUCAAUCCCAGCAAAUUGGAAAUUCCAACGACUAGCUGGACAUCAGCUUGUUGAAAGCCUGUACGCUUAAUGAUAGAGAGUGGGUUCUGAUUUUAUGCCUGAAAUGACGAGUGUUAACCUUUUGACGAGAUUAGUUUGUAGAUGAUGUGUGAGAUAGUGAAUUCAUGCUAUUCAUAGCAUUUAUAGCUGAUGCAGAUAAAGUGAUACCAUUUCAGUGAAUGUCAUUUUACACCAUGGCACAACAACAUUACUGAUGGAAUUUGCCAUUUGCAAGACCUCUUUAUUGGCAAUCCUAUAAUCAGCUAGUGACAUCUCUGUCAUGGCUUCAACUGUUCUUGCCUAAAGUUGCUGAAAAUAAUAAAACAUUAAGUACAAGUGCCGUUAGUCUUGCUGUUAAUAUUUAUGAAGAAACCUGGACCUUCGUUUUUAUCAAAAGUAUAUACAGCUGGUCCAAUAAAUUUGAAUUAGUGCACAAAAUUGUCCUUGGAGCAGAACAGGAAGCGUAUUUACUUCUGUAUACUAAUUGGAAAGAAGUUUUUGUCAAAUUAAGCUUUGAAAAUUCAACUGCAAUUAGAAGAAUAAAUAUUUUAUGCGUGGUAUCUGUGGAGAGAAACUUCAUUGUUUUAUUUGAAUAUAAUUUUAAAAGUGUACAUGCAAAAUUUCUUAUUUGUAAAUCUAAAGCAAUGUAAUAAAUGCACUAAUGAAUCAUCUGUUAUAAAA